GAAGUCCCAUUUUUUAAGUAUAAAUAGAGGCGGCUGAGUGUUACCUUAAUCAAACUCACAGCCGCUGCUAAGCUUAACACGUACGCUUGAAGACACAAGAACCAUCAAAUUAAUUCAGUACCAAAGAGAUCGAUCGGUUAUGGAUGCUCUGAUUUGUUUGGAGUAUGGACUAAUCGAUGACCUUACUUUUCCCACUCCUUGUAUUCACAGAAUCCCCGAUGGGAUUCGUGAACUGAAUAAAACAGCCUACAACCCCAGCAUGGUAUCCAUUGGUCCUCUGCACAGAGCUGAGCCGCAUCUGCAAGCAAUGGAGGCUGUCAAAUCGAGAUACAUGGAUCGCUUGCUUUCUCGAGCUCCAUCUGAAGAGAAGCAGAAAGAAUUGAAAAACUGUUGUGAGGAGGCUGUGUCAAAACGCGAAAAUUGUGCUCGGAAAUACUACGCAGAAGAUUUCUCUGAGGCCAUGCCAUCGAAAAAUUUCAGGUACAAUGCUGUCAGACACGAUUUACUCUUAUUCGAGAACCAGAUUCCAUUUCUUGUUCUUCAAGAAUUGUUCUGGCUGAUCGAGAAAGACGCUUCUGAAAGAAAUGAAGAAUAUCCCUCCCUCACUAAAUGUCUACUUUCAUUCUUUGAAGAUGUGAUGGGCUUCCAGAAAGCGCUAACAGUUGCGAAAGAACAGACAACUGGUGGGAAAUAUUGUUCAUUGUGUCUUUUGGACAAUUCUGAAGCCGUGGCAUCUCAAACAGGGACAGGGAAGGACACAAAGGAGACGAAGGAUGCAUCAACUACUACUUGUUGUCAUAUACUCCAUCUGUUACACAAAAGCUACACAGCCGAAAAGGAGCAUUCAACUGGCAACACAACGGGGGAGGAUUUCAAAUAUUCUGCAGCAAAACUCAAAAUGGCAGGAGUCAAGUUGGAGGCCGCAGGUAAUGCGAAAACUCUAUUGGACGUCAGGUUUCGUACUGAUGAUCGGUCUUGUGUUGGGCUGUGUAAGAGAGGUCGUUUUGAAAUCCCACCUUUCUGCAUUUAUGACCAUACAGAGCCAUUCUUCAGAAACAUCAUUGCUUUUGAGCAAAGUUGUCCUGGUGUAGAACGUUACUUCACGUCACUUGCUCUCCUCAUGGAUAAACUCAUCAACUCCCCAGAGGAUGUUGAAUUGCUUGAGGAAGCUGGUAUAAUACACAACCAUUUGGGUUCAAGUGAAGAGGUGUCUGUUUUCUUCAACAAUAUUUGCAAAAAUGUAUCUGAAAACGAUUUCUGCUUCAAAAAUCAAUGCAUAGACGUCAACAGUUACUGCAAGCGAAGCUGGCCAAAAUUCCUUGUAAAACUGAGACAGGAUUAUUUUAGCAAUCCGUGGACAAUCAUAUCAGUCAUUGCUGCUAUCAUCCUCUUUGCGCUCACCUUGUUGCAGACCAUCUACACCUUGCUUUCUUAUUAUUAAUUAAUUAUGUAUGUCGGUUGAACUGUGCAAUAAUGUGAAAUGGUUAGUGUGUGUUCCUAGAAUCUACCAAUUAAUGUCUCAUUGGCUGGGAAAUAGCAUUAGAAGUUGUAAGGAAAUGUAUCUGAAUUCCCUAUGCAUGUACUGUGAUCAUAUGUAAUAAGCUUCACUGUAUAAUUAUGUCUCUUUAUUGUUAGUGUUUAA